AUGGCAUCCCCCGCUAUCACAUUGAAGCCCUCCGGCCAGAAGGUUGCUCAAGUCGGUUUUGGUCUGUGGAAGGUGCCGAAAGACAGCACAGCAGAUGUUGUCUAUGGUGCCAUCAAGAACGGCUACCGCCACUUUGAUGGUGCCUGUGACUACGGAAAUGAGAAGGAGGCUGGCGAGGGCAUCACUCGAGCCAUCAAGGACGGCCUAGUGAAGAGAGAAGAAGUAUUCAUCACCACGAAACUCUGGGCAACGUUUCAUUCUCCGGAACAUGUCAAGCAGAUCGCUAAGAAGCAACUUUCCGACUGGGGUCUGGAGUAUUUCGACCUCUACCUCAUCCACUUUCCUCUUCCACUCCAAUAUGUCGACCCGGCCGAGAGGUAUCCCCCCGGGUGGUCAAUUGCUGCUGACAAGUGGGAAACAAAGACUGCCGCCAUUCCGCUUGCAUCUACCUGGAAGGCCAUGGAAUCUCUUGUUGAUGAGGGCCUCGUCAAGAAUAUCGGCGGCUGCAACUUCCAGGGCGGAUUGCUCAUGGACCUGAUCCGCUCUGCUAGGAUCCAGCCCAGCAUGCUCCAAAUUGAGCACCAUCCUUAUCUGGUGCAGCCUCAGCUCAUAGACCUGUGCAAGGACCUCGGUAUUGCUGUCACCGCGUACUCCAGCUUCGGACCUUUGAGUUACCGCGAUUUGCAAAGUCCCAAGGCGAUGGGCACUUCUUUGCUCUUUGAGAACGACGUGAUUACCUCUAUGGCAGAGAAACUUUCCCGAACUCCAGCCCAAGUUCUUUUGAGGUGGGCGGUGCAACGUGGCCUGAUUGUCAUUCCCAAGUCGAAUGAUGCAACCCGCCAGAAGCAGAACCUCGAUCUCUUUUCCUUCGAGCUUUCUUCGGACGAGAUGAACAGCAUCAGCUCUUUGGACAAGGGCUUGCGCUUCAACGAUCCGGGUGAUUAUUUGAACCCUCCUCAGAGAAUCUUCGCGUAA